UCAAGAAGAGAGUGAAGUGACUCGAACGAAAAGCGAGAUUCGAAUAAUUUUUAAUCAUCGCACUUGUGUAGUUUUCGGUGCGCUGAUAAAAUUGCCAAACCUCGAAGCAGCAAAACAGUUGUGAAAUUCCCGGGAAAAGUAUUCAUCUUGGAUCACAGAACCGGCACAGAGCGUAAGCGCAUCAAAUCCUGGCAGACAGAACCGUAGAUUGACGAAAAAUUUCCAGCGCUUGAGAAGAAGCAGAAACUGAUCCUCCCUUUUGCUGCUGACUGCUGCCCGUGUGUAGCGUAAUAGAACAGUGACGAAGAACGUGUAGGAGUGAGAAGGAUAGAAAACGACCGACCAGGAAGUGCAAGCGGGACAGAAAGUGCGUGACACAAAGGACGGAUCCUGUGAUUCGGAUAAAUCAGUCUCCGAGAAAAACAACCUAUUCCGGAAGGGAUAGAGCUUUAGUUUUCAUUUUAGGAAAGCUACCUGCACAAUGGCCAAAAAGACGUACGAUUUACUUUUCAAAUUGCUGCUGAUCGGGGAUUCCGGAGUGGGCAAAACAUGCAUCCUGUUCCGCUUUUCUGAUGAUGCAUUCACUUCCACUUUCAUCUCCACAAUCGGUAUUGACUUCAAGAUCAAAACGAUCGAACUGCGCGGCAAAAAGAUUAAGCUCCAAAUCUGGGACACUGCCGGCCAAGAGCGGUUCCACACGAUCACUACCUCCUACUACCGGGGAGCGAUGGGCAUAAUGCUCGUGUACGACAUUACCAACGAGAAAAGCUUCGACAACAUAGUCAAGUGGUUGCGGAAUAUAGACGAGCACGCCAACGAGGAUGUGGAGAAGAUGAUUCUGGGGAACAAAUGCGACAUGACAGACAAACGCGUCGUCAGUAAAGAACGAGGAGAGAGUAUCGCCCGCGAACAUGACAUCCGCUUCAUGGAGACGUCCGCCAAGGCAAAUGUCAACAUCGAGAAAGCGUUCCGCGAGCUGGCCGAAGCGAUCCUGGACAAAACCGCCGGCAAGGAAACGACCGACAAUCCGGACCGGGUGGUGGUGAAUCGUGGCACCGGGGACAAACCGCCCGCCUACAAGACUUGCUGUGCGUAGAAGGUGACGCCCGACUGGCACUCGAGCAGUUGUUUGCUUGCUAAUACUGCACUCUUUCUAUCUGUGUGUGGGUAAAUAUCUAGAGAAGGCAUCAUUCUUUCGUUUUUAAGAUCUAAAAUAUUUACUUAUUGUGAGUCAGGGAUAGUGGGCGAAUAAUGCUUACGAUGGGGACAAGUAGGGAGGGGCAGGUAUUCUUACGAAACAGUCAGAGCAAACUAUGAGAAAAUGUUCUCUUCAACGGGGAAGUUGUUUUGUUGGGUUUACAAAUAAGGACGACGUGAGAUUCUGUUUGAUCGUGCGCAGAUGGGGGGGGGGGGGGAGGAUACGUGUUGCGCAUUGUUACUGUGUACAUGAUUUUAGGUUGCUUCCAAGUUCUAUAAUCUUUCUAUGUAGGAAAGCUUCUAUGUAGUGUAUUUUAGUUCGUACGUCACUGAUGCGCGAUCGCCAUUAGUGUAAUAUUCUAACAGUCGAAAGCUUCCAUUUUAGGGAAGCUCGAACUAACUAAACGCUAAAUAUCUAAACCUGUUUGUUGUAGAUGUCAGAAAAGCUAAGAACGACGGCUUCUUUUUUCGUUUCGAAUGAUAGAUUGCAAGUACGAUUAGAUUAGAGGUUGUGUAUUGAUUGAGGAAUCAAAUAUGUUUUUACUAUCAAUUUGAGAGGGGUGUAAUAGUGGUUUUGUCAUCGUAUCAGCUGUCAUGUCUUCGGUGGCCAAAUAUGGAUUCCAUUCUUUUUUGUGAUGCCUUGGUCGAAACUUUGUUUCGAUGUGCUUGGAACUAGGGCUGAGCGGAUAUCAAUAUUAUCGGGUUAUAUUUAUCGAUACGAUAUCUUGUAACCCGACAUCGAUAAAUUAUCUUUGUAAUGUAGGUAUUUUGGGAAAGUAAGCAUAACAAGAAGCAAACGAUCUUUUUUGAUAGAGCCGAAUGUGAGGAUAACAAACUUUGAACUCUAAGACGUGAUUACACAAGUCUAGAUAGAGCUGGAAUUAGGGCGUAACAGCUUUUGUAAACAAUGACUUCUACCGAUGAUUUCUAGGAAUUCAAGGCACGCCCACGCAGACCAACCUAACCAUCGGAUAGGGGAAGACUUUCCCUACCCGACGUAGAUGUUGGUUUGCGUGAGCGAGCCUUGAAUGUCUAGAAAUCACCAAGAGAAGUCAUUGUUUUCAAAAGCUGUUAGGCCCUAAUUACAGCGUUCGAAAUGUCAAUUUUACUACAUUUUCACUGGGUAGUUCAAGUCACGCUGACAUUUUAAUAUUCUACUUCUUCAUUUAAAAUAUUGCUGAAAGGCUUCGGAGAAUGUUUACCGUUAAACCAAAGUUUUUCUAGCAUUAUCGGAUGUCGGGCCGUUAUCGAUAAUUUAAAAUCCGAUACGAUACCGGUACUGAUAUUCAAACCAAACUAUAUCGCGAUAACGAUAAAUCUAUGUUUUAAAUAGUCCUAUUUGGAAUGUGAUGCAGCUCUGGUUAUCUUCAUUAACCUUCACAGGUUACUUGGUCUUGAUUCCCAGGUCAUAAAACAAACGAUGUUCCUAUCCAGUUGUGUUGCUCGAAACAUUCGGGCAUGUCUACAUACUCGGCUUCGUUACUACUAAGAGUCACGUUCUUCUGCUUGCUUGUAUUUCAUCCGAUCAUCAUCCCAUCAGGGUAGUGAAAUGUGAAACCUGAUAUAGAUUAACGAUUUUGAGCAUCACGCCGGUCCAAACAUCUAGCAUCAAUUCAUGUUCGAUGGUUCCGUUCAAGCUUGAUGAAUCGCUUCGAUCCAGUCGACUUGGGACGGAUGACUAUAUCCGGAAAUCAAAUGGAUUUCCUAUGUACAUGGGACUGUUAUGCGAAUAGCGGCAGUAUAUAAGUUGGCUAACAAACGUAGAAAAUAAAUUUCUUGACCCUCUGCAUUAGAUUAGCUAGUCGCAGUAGCUUUCCAACCUUCGGAUUGACGAUGAGUUUUUUUUUCCGUGUUGGGUAUUUUGAUAACUGCGACCAGUACUUUGAUCUAUUGUGAUAUAGGCGGAGGAGGGGCAUAGUGAACAGGUGGGUCAUAGUGAGCAUCGCGCAGUUUGGCCCUGGAUCUCUAGCUGCAUGAAACAAAUCAACUAGUAGUAGGUUCAAUAUCAUUAUGAUAUUGAUCCUACCACCAAUAAAUUUGUUCCGAACGGCCGGAAGUCCAAGCUGGUGCACGGGAUGCUCACUAUGCCCCACCUGUUCACUAUGCCCCUCUUUCCCCUACUCCCCGUUUUAAUAUUGCUUUAUCAGCAUGUCGUAUCACCAUUGUAUGAAGCGACCGACAUAGUCUGACCGAAAGCAUUUUCCCAGUCAGGUAUUACAUUUCGAAUGAAUUGCACUACUUGGCUGGGAACUGAAUUCCAAAUAUCAAAGGGUUCUGUCAGCCCCUUAUUCAUAAAAAUACGCCUCUUAUUGAAGAUUGCUGUACAAGGGCAUAGCAGGUGUUCAGAGUCUUCUUUUUCUAUGCCACAUAAUCGACACAUGUUCUCUUGAAGUUUUCCAUGGACAGUUAUUAAACCAGUGUACAUACUGAGAUCUUUCUUUGAUAGUUCAAGAAUUUUGCUAGUCAUUGAAAUGCUCGGAUUAAUAAACUGUUUCGACUGCCUAGCAAUGAGAGUGUUGUUCCAAUUGGUCUCCACUUUCAUUUUUUUUUUUUUCAUUUCUUGAACUCCAUUCUAAGAGAGCAAGCAGAAACUCCACAGAAUGGUUCUGGUCCUAUAUAUUGUUGAGAUGAUCCAAGCCUAGCUAGUGUGUCGGUUUUCUCAUUCCCUUGAAUUCCACAGUGACCAGGAACCCAAAAUAGGUUAACUUGGUUUUGGCUGGCCAAUUUUUGGAGUGACAUUGCGCAUUCCCAUACAAGUUUUGAAAUAACGUGUUGCUGAUUUCAAAGCAUUUAGGGCUGCUUGGCUAGACAUAAUGCAGAUAUUCGAAUGUCUAAGUUCCACGGAAGCAAAUUUUAGGACAUUCAAGAAUUUUUUGGACUUCUGCUUGGAACACGGUAGGCCAGUAGCAGUAGUAUAUUGAGAUAUUUAUACCUGGACCUGUUACCAGGGUUCUACAUUUUCGAAACAAAGAAAAGAAAAUGAACCCUCCGCAGAAUCGCUUCAUUUCCAGCAAUAUUAUUUUCGUGUAAGUCAUUGUGUUUCUUGUUGUUGUGUGACGAUGAACAUUCCUCCUGUCAAACAUGACUUAACUAUCGCUUGUUUCGUUCGUCAAAUACAUCAGUUCAUUUAAUUUGAAGCAAAGACUUGUUUCAGUUGAUGCAAUGAAUGACUCGAAAACUGCUUCCUUCGUUUUUGCCACUUUCACUUCAAUUCGGGGCUCAUUCGACUUGUCACGUGUCGCAUCGUCAGGCAUCAACAUAUAGUAACCGGUUAGUAUCCGCACAAUAUAGGUUGCCGAUAGGCAUGGCAUGUGUAGCAACAAAAUGUUAUUUUAUAUUAAACGAAUAUUAAACUAACGAGUCCAAGAUGGCGGCCAUCGGGCUUAGGAAAAGUCUCAAAUACCCUACAAUAUUGGUAUUUUAGGAACGGUGACGACGCGAAGGUGCCGAAAAUCGAUGUCCGACGCAAUUUUGGAAUCCAAUAUGGCGGCCAUCGGGCUUGGAAAAUCGAUAUUCGACACCAUUUGUAGGAUAUUUGACACUUCUUCUAAAAUCAGAAGCCACCAUCUUGAUGGCGUCGGACAUUGAUUUCUAGCCUCUAGAUGUCACCCCUAUUCCAAAAAUACUCACAUUGAUCGGUAUUUGGCAGUAUUUCACAAUAGCCGCCAUCCUAGAUUGGCGUCAAACAUCGGUUUCUGGCCUCUAGACGUUACUGGGAUUUCGAAAAUACCCACAUGCGAUGGGUCUUCGACACUAUUUUCGAUUAAAUGGAAAGUACUAUUUUCAACUUUUUCUGAAUCCAGAAGUCGCCAUCUUGGAUUUAAAUAUGGCGUUUAACGUCAAUUUUCAGCAUCUACGUGGCAUCCCCGUUCUGGAAAUUUACAGUUUUCCUCAAAUCGGAAACCGCCGUCUUGAAUUUCACAAUGGCAUAGGAUAUUGAUUUCCGGCUUCUAGACAUUACCCUGAUUCUAAAAAAAAUGUUUGGGUAUUUGAUGGAAUUUCACACUUUUUCAAAAUUUCAAGAAUUUUAAAAUGGUGUCGAAUAUUGUUUUCCAUCCCGAUUCCAAAAAUACCCAUAUUGAUGGAUAUUUGAUAGUAUUUACUAUAUUUUCUUGAACUGGAAGCCACCAUCUUGGAUUUCAAAAUGGCGUCGCAUAUCUAUUUCCAAUCUCUAGACGUCACCCCGAUUCCACAAAUACCCAUAUUGAUGGGUCGGUAGCAUUAUUUCCCACUUUUCUGAUACGGGAAGCCACCAUCUUGGAUUUCAAAAUAUCGUCCGAUAUCAAUUUUCGGCCUCUAAACAUCGCCCCGAUUAAAAAAUACCCAUAUUAAUGGGUAUUUGACAAUAUUUCCAUUUUUUUCGAAACAAUCGAAAGCCGCCAUCUUGGAUUACAAUCUAGGCGUCAUUCUGUUUCGAAAAAUACCUAUAUUAAUGGGUAUUUGACAGUAUUUCCCUCUUUUUUUUAAACUGCGAGCCACGAUCUUGUAUUUUAUAAUGGCGUCGCAUAUCGAUUUGCAAUCUUUAGACGUCAUACCGAUUCAAAAAAUACCCAAAUUGAUGGGUCGCUGUCAGUAUUUCCCACGUUUUCUGAAAUCGGAUGCCGCCAUAAUGGAUUUCAAAAUAGCGUCGGUCAUCGAUUUCCGGUCACUAGACGUAACUCCGAUUCCAAAAAUACCCACAUUGAUGGGUAAGCAAACCACCCUAUAAUGAUAAAUUUGACUUCACAGUGCACAGAUCUAUCCGCGUGCGCUUAAAUGAACCGAGUGAACAAUCCACAAAAGUCAGAAAAACUGCGCGAAUUUGGAUCGAACAGCUUCGUUUCAAUGUGAAAGUAAGUUCGUUUGACAAUGAAAGACGAAAUGAACGCGAGUCCAGCCAAAACAAACAGCAUGAAAACUGAUCGCAAGUGGUUCUGUUGAUGUUGAAGAGGAUCUGCUCGAAGAGAAGACAGAAUGACUUUCAAUUGAAAGUGAGGGUUGACACCUUCGUCGUCGCUUGACGAUUUUCGAUUGAAAGUGACUUUGUUGGGCCCUGCCUGUUACCCCUGCUCCUACACGAUUAUCCAAUCUAGAGCCGUCUGUAUAAAAGACAAUUGAUGCUGGACGAAUGUUUGGUCCCCCAUUGUCCCACAAAACGCGAUCCGCAUCUGCAACGAUCGAAGUGAUAUUUUUUCUUCAUCCAAUCUUCAUUUUGUAACACAAUAGAAUCAAUAUUGAACAUUUUUAGAAUGCUCAUAUGUCCUCUAAGAUCACCCUCAAGGAAGUGCUGUGACCGUCGGAUCCUUAAUGCACUCCUUUCGGCUUCUAGUUGAAUAAAUUGAUGCAACGGAAGCAGAUAAAGUAGAGCAUCUAGUGCCAUACUUGGUGUGCUACUCAUUGCACCAGUUAUUGAGAGAGUAGCAAGCCUUUGCAGCCUUUCCGAGCUUCUUCUGAGCUGAUUUUUCAUUGGUUUUAGGUCACCAAACCACUGAUGCAUAGGUUAUUCUGGGUCUUACAAUCGUCAAAUAAAUCCGAUGAGUAUUAGUGUCCUUCUUUUUUUUCAGAGGAGCUCGUCAGAUUCUACUCAGCUGUGCUUUUGCAAGCAAAUCGUAGUUUCCUCUUCUUUUUCCUACAUUUGCUUCUCCAUCAGGAUUCUCUUUCUUUUCUAUUGCUCAUAUCAUACAUGGUCUACCUCCAAAAACUUUCAGUUUUUGCUCCACAGAGAGUGCAAAUGGGCGAUUGGGAUUCUUUUUCCGCUUCUUGGAAAUACCUUAUUCAAAGAUGAAUCGUAGCGUGUAGUUCUAGAGGUAAUCAAAAGGAUAUGAACCUCUCCUUCCAAUGGGUUCUUCUACUUAGGUAAGAAUAUUUCCAGCAUUGCACUGGAAGCAUUUAUUCCUCAGUCUACCAUAGAGCGUCUUUCUCAUCCGGUUGAAGCAACAAAGCCCCGGAUGGGCUGCUUCAUUUUUCCAUACUAGCUGGCCUAGCAUGGACCCAAAUCAGACUUAUUAAUUCUUUUCUCCAAAAUAUGGAAAUUUUAUAUUACUUUUCAUUCCCACAAGAGCUGUCUCCAUUCUGACAUUUACAACAACUUGAAAACUAAAAGUCACAAACGCUGACAAGAAGAAGAAAAAACUCAGACCAACAAUCAUUCGAAUGCUCUUGAAACAAGAAAUCCGAAGCCAGAUACCUAUUUCAAAAAACAAAAUAUUUUUUCUAGCAUCCAUUUGUGUCCUAUUGCUUUUCUAAAGGCAAAAUUGAAUGUGAACUUAAUGAAAAACGUAUACCUACUUAAUAGAAAAUCCAAAAACCUACACACAUCUUCACCUAAAUCGCUUUUUGUUGUUAUCCAUAUGCAUGAGGAAACCAAUCCCAAAACAUCCGCUAGCUAACAGGUAAUGACCACACAAAAAAUGCUAUCGCAGCCCCCAACGUGUAACUAAACUAUUACUUAUUACUAAUACUAUUUGUGAUAAUCGCUGUCGGUCGCAUCGUAAAUUGCACACACACACACACAUUUCAUACUGAUUUAUUAACCCAACAACUAGUACCAGCGAUGUUGAUUAUGAAAGUCUUAAAAUUAAUUUCUUCCUCACUUCCAAUCAAGCGCGUUGUGUAAUAAUCGAAACCGUGUAGCGCAAUUAUAUAAAGAAAAAUUGAAGGCUUUGCAACAACAAACCCAUUCACACACAUUAACACUCACAAAAAUAUCAUAGGUGUAAUCGAGUACAGUGUUUAGAAUUAAAUGCAUUCGCCUAACAAUAAGCUGUUGUUGAUGACGAAAAAAAUAAAAUACAAAAAGUCGAACCACCUCAAGAAAGUAAAGCAUGAAUGGCAAAAAAAAA